CGACUCUCAUAUGCAAAUACAAAUAUAGCAAGCGACACAAACCAUGGAUUUGACUCCCUUGUUUCGUGCUGUAUGUUUUCUCAUUUUAAUCAGAAUUACAGAAGGCGGAGACAAGAGGCCGAACAUCGUCUUCAUCCUCGCCGAUGACUUUGGUUGGCAUGACAUCGGUUACCAUGGUUCCAUUGUAAGAUCGCCGUAUAUGGAUUUUCUAGCCAGCGAGGGAGUAAAAUUGGAGAAUUAUUACGUACAGCCGAUGUGUUCACCAACACGGGCACAGUUAAUGAGUGGCCGAUAUCAGAUCCGGUAUGGAUUGCAGCACUUGGUGAUUCAACCAGACCAACGUGCAUGUCUACCACCCGAUGAAGUCACCAUUGCGCAAAAGAUGAAAGAAGCCGGUUAUGCAACACAUAUGGUUGGUAAAUGGCAUCUUGGUUUCUACAGAAAAGAGUGCCUUCCCAUCAAUAGAGGAUUCGACACGUUUUUCGGAUUUCUAAACUGUCUAAUAUACCACUACACCUACGAUUUUGGAUAUUGGCAUACCCCUGAAAGUGGAAACAAGACCAUUAUGUUUGGAUGGGAUCUCUUCAGAAACCAUGACUGUGUUGCCAAGGAACACAAAGGAGAGUACUCCACCAUUUUGUUUGCGGAAGAGGCUCAACGAGUGAUUUGGAACCAUGACCAGGAGACGCCAAUGUUCCUGUAUUUGCCAUUCGCCGCUGUACACAACCCACUAGAUGUACCACGUGAGUAUGAAGCCAUGUAUGAGGGUAUCAUUGAAGACGAACAACGGCGAAAGAAGGCUGCCAUGGUUACCUGUAUGGAUGAGGCUAUCUGGAAUAUCACAAAGGCGUUGAUGGACACUGGAAUGUGGGACAACACAGUGCUGAUAUUUUCAACAGAUAAUGGAGGUGCUACUAGUGUGGGUGGUAAUAACUGGCCAUUACGAGGUGGCAAAAGGUCAAUGUUUGAGGGCGGUAUACGGGGCGUUGGGUUUGUCACAAGUCCUUUAUUAGAUGAAGCUGUGAGAGGAACUGAAAAUAAUCAACUCAUACACGUCACUGAUUGGUUCCCGACGUUUGUUCACCUGGCUGAGGGUAAUCUUUCUGGAACGAAGCCAUUGGAUGGAUUUAACCAAUGGGACACAAUCAGCCAGGGAAUGUUCUCUCCAAGAAACGAGUUUCUCAUCAACAUAGAUCCUAUGGAAAUAUGUGCUAACCCUCUUGCCACCAAUCAAUUCCGACCAAAUCCAUAUUUUGAUGUCUGCGUACGAGGCGGCAUUAGAGUGGGCAAAUGGAAACUGGUGACAGGCGUUCCACGACAGAUGUAUUGGACAGCGCCCCCGGAGCUAGGCUUGGAAAAUAUUCGUCUGAGCGAAGGGAAGGACAAAAUGGUAUGGUUGUUUGACGUAUACGAAGACCCCAACGAACUCUAUGAUAUGUCAGAAGAAAAGCCUGAUAUAGUAAUGGCGCUGUUGCAAAAACUUGGGAACUACAAUGCGACUGCCGUACCAGUGAACUACCCUGCUGGCGACAUGUGGGCGAAUCCACAGUUGAGAAAAGGCCAUGCAUGGGGACCAUGGGUGUAAGGAUGAGACGUUAAUAACUGUAUCACUUGUACAUAUGGAAUAACUCGAUCUGCCAAUUUCAUUUUUGAAACUGGUGUCGUAUUCACCAUAUUUGAUAUGUACAGCACCUUAAAGCGGAAGGGUCGUUACCUGCGCACGCGCAGGAAUUGAGUCCAAAGCGACGAUAACAACACACGCUAAAAACGCAAAGGCUCAUGGGUAGACGCUUGUUUGUAAUCAAUGACACGCUAUGGCCAUCUGACGCAUGCGCAGGUGACGACUCCCCGCUUUAACAUACUUGUACUUAUACAUCCACAUAUUAUGUAUUUAUAAAACUACGUUUUUGAGAAGGGUGAGCUACAAGUUCAAGCCGUUGUGCAAUGAUUUCGAAAACAAGAUUUCUGAUUCAUCCCAUUAAAUAUAGCAAAAAAAAAGUGCAGUCAAUUUGAGAUGUUUACCAUAGACGAAUCACGUGACACAAAUGGCAGUAAUGUUCGCGAGAUGAGUUGAAUUUGUAGUAGGGCAUUUUUCAUAUUUCACAAAUUCUCAAAAAUCAGAAAACUUAUUAUAUCCUAAGCUAUGACUGAAUAAUGGGCAAUCUUUUCAUUCUAUUUCUUGACCAAAAUACACUUUGGAAAAUGUUGUCUACAUGUUUGGCUGGUUCCCACCUCAAGUGUCAUGGCACACUAGUAAUGCUUACAGAGUACUGAUUGGUCAAUCACGUUCUCGUUCCUAGUUUUAUUUCUCUUAGUUACCUGACAUCAGCGCUUACCCUUGUGGUCGUUCCUUAUAUAAAGCAGAGGUUUCCCACGCUCUCAAAAGUUGCACGAAUAUAACACUUUUUUUUUUGUAUUACUUUGUACAAAAAUAGCGAGAAAUAUUAGAACCAACCUCAAGUAUGACGUCGAAGCAGGAGGAAUGAAUGAAAUGUUUUCAGAUUACGUCACUCAGUUCGGCCCAGUGGAACGAUAUGGCGAUUACUUGAUUCCUGCGUCAUACUUGUCAUUCGCAAAGGACGCCGGGAACCAACGAAUCUACAUGUGUGUUGUGUAGCGUUUACGUAUGUGAGCUAAGUAAAGUUGACAAUUGAGGGCACUAUUUAAUCUGUAUUAUUUUUGAUGAUAUCUACUGAUCUGUUUUGAUAAUGUAGAUAUGUGUUUAAACAAUUUAUUUAGGAUAAGUGAUUUCUGUAUUGUAAUUAACGUAACUUAUUAAUUAUUACGAAAUAAUAAAGGGUGUACAAAGA